GCUAAACCAGAAUUGAUUGAUUUUUCACAUUUUUAGCAAAUUUCUCUCCAUCAAACAGGUUUGAUGAGGCCGGACAUUUCAAAUGGUACACCACCUGUGAGCUGGGAUCAACAGACUACAGGUUAAGAGACUGCUAGACAUCCCUUCAAGACAUUCCUCUGAAAGCAUCAACAUGGCAACAGGAGGUCAAGGUCAUUCAUAUCCGAGGGUGAAAGAAUCACCAGAGAACAGUUGGCCCUAUUAUAUGAAGGGAGAUGAAAAGUUUCCAAUGACAUGUGAAAUGGGGUCAUUUUUAUAUACUUGUCGUAAACAUCAGACGAACUUGACACUAUACCAGUUAUGUAAACAAAUAAACAGUGGUGCAGACGUCAAUAGCAAUGAGGGUGGAUGGUCUCCAUUAGAUGUCGCAUAUUAUAACAAAAACUAUCUGAUAUUACGAGUUCUGUUGGCAAAUUGUGCGAUGGUUUGUAACAUUGCAUCGCCACUUCAUAUUGCCAUUGCCGGUGGUUGUUUCAGAGAAGCGGAACGGUAUCUGAGUAAAGUACAUGGUUUGGAUGUCUCAAAGCUGCCAUCUUUAGUUGGUGAGAGUAACUAUACUGAGGGUAACCCGUAUGUCGAUCUCACUAAGGGAGCUUUGGGAGAUGAUGUCGAAGGGGAGGAGGAAGAAUUUGUCGUUGAUGAAUCCUGUCUGGAUGAGCGCUUGAAAAAGGACACUGCCGUCGAAGUUCAGAAAAUUGUACAUUAUAAAUUCCGUUACACACCAGAAAUGAAAGCAAAGGCAGGAGCUAAUGUAGAGCUAAUGCUGUAUGAUAUGAAAACUUUUGAUAUUAACUUGAAAGAUUGCAACUCUGACACGCCACUUCAUUUGGCUUCUAUCGUCGGAAAUACCGGUUUGGCAGAACUUCUAAUCAAAUGUGGUGCGAACAUUGACUUGUGUAACUUGAAGGGGUACCCACCACUUCUCUAUGCCUGUAGUAGCUGUAACCCAGAUGUUGUCAACUUGCUAAUCAAAUUGGGCGCAAAGGUUGAGCAGUAUUACCGAGGCGAUGAUGGCAUUCUACGGGGACCAUUUUUGCAUGCAGUUGUUGGCAUGGGUAAAGGCAGUUACAAAGGUGUAGAGAAGCUAUUGGAGAAAGGUAUUAAUGUACAGACACCAGAUCAAGGAGGCUGCACAGCACUCCACCUAGCGGCACGUUUUGGAGAUGUCGACUGUGUCGGUAUACUGAUUGAACACGGGGCCAAUGUCAAUGCUGUGGAGCCAGUUACAGGGAGAACUCCGUUAUACUUUGCCUGCAAUGCUCACCAUUAUGAUGUAGUAAGAUAUUUGGUAGAGCAUGGUUCCAACAUGGAAGCCAAAGAUCGUCUCUCGGAACCGCCGAUUAUCGCAGUACUCGAGAACAUGGAUUACUUGAAAAACAUCAACCCAUUUUACCUAUAUUUUGCAAGCAUUGUUUACACAGUUCCACGAUUGACUCACACGCUGAAAGAACUUAUCAACCAUGGUUGUCGACUCGUCUUCUUAUUCAAUGUUGAUCUGAUGUUGCGUGUCUAUAAACGCACCAAGGAUAUCUUCCGAUAUCUUAUGAGUUCCGGGUCGCAGGUACGAGGGAUUUCAGUGAAAGUCCAUCGGAAAAUCGUCAUGGAGAUCGUCAACGAAACUGAUUCGGAUAGCAUCAUGAUGCUGCGAUCGUGUGGCUAUGACUUGAGUAACGAUGCAUCCAUCAUGGGUGGCGACUUGAUAUGUGCUUUGUAUGAACCUUUGCCACUCAUGAGUCUGUGCCGGUUGACCAUACGGGGGCUGAUACACACAAACACGGUCACCAUUGAACCGCAAUCAAGGCUGAAGAGCUUUUUCAAGAAGCUUUCCCUCAAACCUGACAUUCCAAAAGCAAUACCUUUGUCAGCAUUCGAACCACUCCCAUUGCCAAAAGCACUGAAACUAUACCUGUGUUUUCAAGAUUUCAUUGACGUUGCGAUCGAAAAUGAUGUUUCGUAUGUUGAUUGUUCAGCUAUCCGUCUUCACGACAAGGUGACCAGUUUGAAAGGCGAUACGGGGAAAUUGGAAAAGAUGCUCUUGGAUGAAGCAAUGCAGGAACUGGGACUUGAGAGCAGGCACAUGUUCAAAAGUUACUAUGAAGCACAGAAGAAGCUAUUGAAGGCAAUGUAUCGGUAAGAAUCAGGUGGCAUAAGAUGGAUGGUAUAAUAAGUAUACAGCAGAGGGGUCAUGUCUCUUGUUGUUGUCAUUCAAUUUGACCUCUUUUAUCAGGACAUCUCUCUAUCAAGGACUUCACUUGUCGAUUUCACGGUUGAAAAUAAGGAGCCUCUAUCUUGUCGAUGGCAUCAUUGACUAAAUAGGUCUUUGGCUUAUUACAAGGCUUAACUGAAUGAUGGGUGGAGAUAUUUUUAGGGCUCAUUAAUGACAUAAUGGAUGUUUUGGGUGUUCUGUUUGAGUUUAUUCUGAAUGUACUAGUACUUGGAACCUCGUAUGAGGUAUUCGGCCAUACAUUUUCAUGCACUGUAAGGAAGCGAUAGUGUUCUGCAUUCUGGAUGUUGUAAUAUCUGUACUAGUUUUAAAAGAUGCUCUUGAACCUAUUGAAGGCAAUGCAUCGCUAAAAAUCUAUGUUAUGAGAGACAUAGGUUG